UAUUUGUUACGUGACUAUUGGGUGAUCUUGUACUUGUAUUCACUCUUUCUCUUUCUAAUUAAAUACUGAAAAGAUGAAAGGUGUAUAUUUUAAAAUCCGAAAUUUAUGGUUCUGAAUUCAUAAUAAUUAAAUUAACUUUUUAAUCAUGAAGUUGACCAACGAAGAUAAGGAUGAUCUCCUAAAAUAUGCAAGAUACUUUGCAUUAAAAGCAUCACAGAUAAUUAUUUCCUCUAGACAAAAAGGAAUGAAGUCUACACCAUGUAGGCAGAAAUCUGAUUGGUUCAAUUUGAAUAUUACAUCUUUGGAUGAUGCUGAAACCACUGCAAUUAGAAAAACAGUUACAAACAAAUUUUUUGCUGGUGUUCCUGUAUGUGUGGAAAUUUAUGGUAAAUCUACUAGAGAAGACAAAGGUUUGGUGGAAACUUGGUGCAUUCAACUUUCUUCUGAAUAUUCAGAUCCAAAUCCUAAGAUAACAACAUUCAGCAUAUAUAACCAAAUAGGAAUAUUAUUGAAAUCAUUGUUAUCAAUAACAAGGAUAAUACCUGGCUUCGAACUUACAAAACUAUCAAAUGAAACAUGCAAAAUACAUUAUCGUAUAUAUGAGGGAGAACCAAAUUUUGAAGGUCUGGGAAAAGUCAGCAAACAUAUAAGUAUUGGACGAAUCAGUACACCUAUAGGCACUUUACAAAUAACAGUUGAUUAUAGACCAAAGGUUGAAUUAAUAUCAUCAAAAAAACCAAUGUCUGAAGAAGGUUCUAUGUUAUAUGAAAGUAACUAUUUCAGUUCAGAUUCAGAGUCAAAACCUAAACUCACUAUAAAUUAUCAAGGAAACAAUAAACUUUCAAGAUAUACUAUACCGUUUGCUAAAGACCUACCAACACCUCCUAAAAGAACAGUACCAGCUCUCAGACCAGGAGGAGUACCCUGGUAUCCAAAAAAAUAUGAAAAAUUUUCAAGUGAAGAAAAUCCAAAUUCACCUACUUGUGAUGACAAGAUUAGUAUGCAAGCAGCUAAACCUACUGAAGAAUUGAACAAGACUGAUUCUGGAUGUCCAUCUGGUUCUAUGAUAAUUAAAGAAAUAGACCCUAAAGAAGAAUUGUCUCCAUCAGGGAAAUCUGUUUCUGGUGAAUAUGUGAUGAGUGUUAUGUCAAAGUAUAGAUCCAAAUAUGUUCCUAAAGCAAGACGCUAUACAUUCGCAACAGAUACACGUCAAAGUGAAAUAUCAAAUUUCUACAGAGAAUGCUCCAAUGCGCCUGUAUUAACAUGCUGGAACCAAUCCACUUCAGUUAAAGAUAUUGAUGUGACACAACAACUUGAUGCCUUUGAAGAGAAAAUUAAGGAGUUCGACGACUUAGUAAGAAGUCUUGCGGCAAGUCCCGACAGUGAUAACUGAUUUUAUUGAAUUUUAAGCCUGUUGAAUUUAUUUUGAAAUCUGUAGUUUUAAAGAGCUCGUUAUUUUAAUGCUUUUCAUGAGGUAUUGAUUCUAUCACUUUCUUUGUUUAUUUCAUCAUUCCACUAUAAAUUUUCAUUUCUACGAUGCUGAUCAGCUACAUAUAAAUUUAUUAAAUAAAUCUGGAAUGGUAUAUUUUUGAAACUCUUAAAUACACUACGCCUUUCUCAUGCCUUUUUCUAUGUGUCUGGAAUGGAAUGUGAUUAUAAUCAUUCAGAUAAUAUCUGAGUGUCAACAUUUUAUGUUGACAUACAAGUACGUAACCUCAAUUACAACUUGAGAUAAAUGUCAAUUUCAUUAAGGUUGGCACCUCUGAAAUGAGAGCUAUGAUGUAAUAUUGGCAGAUGUCUCAGUCAUGAAAAAAAUGUCAAAAAAGGCAUAGUGUGAUAAGGGGUAAAUAUUUUUGCUCCAUGAAUAGAAAAAAAAUAUUUAAGAUUUUCUUACACCCACAUAUUACACAAUUUAUACGGUGUUGAAAGGAAAUUUAAACUAGUUUAAAAAUUAUAGGCUACCAGAAGUUGUAUAUACUGAGUUUUGUAUUUUCUGCUAUUAUUAAAAGCAACAUAUAUA